AUGGGAAGAAGACCCGGACAGAAAGAUUCAAAGCCGAGAAAGAGGGCAGAAGUGGGAAACAGACCUUGUGAACACAGUCCCGUUUUUCAAGACCAGACCAGAGAGCAGGAACCGGGAUACAAUACAAAGCGUGUUGCAUUUCUUAUGGAGAUAGCACCGACAGAACCUCUUGAUCCGCAUGACAUUCCGGAAAUGGAAAGACGCUUUUUAAGGGAAGGUUUGAUGGCAGACGGCAAAGUAAAUCCGGUAACCGGGAUAUUUUGGCAGAAAAACUAUGACGGUCUGCGUGAUCAGCAGGAAGUUGUGGUUGCCCCCCGCAACCGUCCCUCUCGGCGAUCAAGUGGACGCAGAAACCCUGAAACAGCGGUAUCUUGA